CCGGCAGUCGAUCGACUACACGCGGCGCACGUGCCCGCCUUCCCGGAGUGAAGUGAAGUGAAAGACAUUAACCCUCAACACUCGAUCAGUGACCGCUGACCAGCGAAAAAAAACAGUGUACGUUUACGUCGUAAACUCGCCCUAGCCUAGACCCAGGGCCUUUAGUAAAGCGUCCUCUUGUUUUUUAGUCUUGACCCCACCCUUCGGCCUUACUUCUUGCCAUUCCGGACUAGAAGCCAGUGCAGUGGAACAUUGAGGAGUGGACUGAGUGUAUCAUGUUGUUGUGGAUUUGACACAAAUUACACCGCUGCUACGGUCUUGUUUUAAAAUUUCAGGUACAAAACUCUCGAGGCGGGAGCAAUGCCGGAAAAUAAUAUAAGACAGCGCGGCAGGGUGGCGGCGUCCAAGUAUGGCGGUGGCGGGGUAUCCCUUGGCUCUGGCGUCGCGGUGAGGCGCGGCAUGAAGUGUACGGGCGUGGCGGGCGGCGGGCCCGGUGGCGACGAGCUACUGCUGGGCGCCUGUUGGCUCGAUCCGAAGCUGGACAACUCUUCUCCGCCCUGCCACGAGCUUCUUGAUUCACUUCUCGCUCCGCCUCCGCUCGCAGAGCUUAAGCCUCUCCCUCCCUUCACUGGGUACACCGGUCAUCUGUCCAUCAACGGCAUCUCAGGCCACCAUUUCCAUGCCAUCGCACAACGUCUUCCAGAGGAGAAUAACAACUACCCCACGCAAAGCGGUUACGGUGCAGACCACGAUGUCGUCUCAUCCUCGACAUGCGCAGCUGAAUCUGAGCCUCCAGAUUUAGAAGACGUAAAACCGUUCCCUCUUGAUGUGCCCGAUACAAAACCCUUUCCUGAAUCAUCCGUGCCGAGCGUCGCCGAUUCUUGUGCGAAGUCUUGUUCACCGCCCACAAAAAUAUUCGACGAUAACACCAAACAGGAUAUGUAUGACAUAAGCUCUAUAGAAGAUAUUGCGGCGAUCAUCGGAUCUGCGAUCGCCGAUACGACGGUUCCGUCACAACCGGAGGACCCAGAGAGAAAUGAUUCUAGAGACAGCUGGAUGGAUAUCGACGCAUGGAUAGCUGGCGCUUACAGUCAACAUGGAGAUAAAAUAGUACCGCAAGAUUUGUCCGAGUUCGGCCUUCCAGGUUCCCCACCACCAUCUCAAUCCAGUCACCAGUCUAGUUUAGAUUAUCCAUGCAAAUCUAGCCAAGAUUUUACUAAAACCCAGGAGUUUAUUCAAAAGAACUUGGGACAAGCGGGUUCAACGCUACAGUCACUUUUAUCACAUAGCUACAUGCCGUUGCUCCAAAAUAGAUUACAAAAUGGCCCCCCUGUUAAACAAGAAGCACCUAGCUCGACUAGUUAUGGUAUGGACGUGAUAUCGACAUCAUCACCUCCCGGCAACGCCGUCUCGACUACUGAUGGAGUCGGUGGUCUUCUCAACGGUCGUUACGCACCCCAUUACGCUCUCGGCCUAAAACCAGAUGGCCUUUGCAGUCCAGAUAGACUAUUAGGCUAUCCCCACGCCCACACGACGACGGUUACUCCAUCAAAUAAGAGCAAGCGAAGUCGAGCGAAGGCAAAACAAGCGAGUAACGGAGGCAGUCUUCACGGAAGUUCACUAGCAUUUGCAUCUGCUACAUCGGCCGAGUUGAGUGGGCUACUUGGCAAAGAGAAACCAGUUCAUCGCUGCGGAAUCUGUAAUAGGGGGUUCCUGAACAAAUCCAAUAUUAAGGUACAUCUUCGUACGCACACGGGAGAAAAACCAUUCAGAUGCGACGUGUGCGCGAAAGCCUUUCGUCAGAAAGCGCAUCUGAUAAAGCACCAACAAAUUCACAAGCGAAUCGGGCGGGACUAGGAGACAGGCGGCUCCUACAUCGCUAGCUCAAAAUGAAGCAUUUCUAUAGCUCGUAGUUGUGUGCGUGAGUGUUGUGUGGACGGACAUAUCUGUGUGUAGGUGCCUCUCUAGAAUCUCAUGUUAGGUUAUUUGUAUAUGAUUUCUAUUAUAUCGGCAUCAUUGUCUUUUAACUUAGUUAAGAACGAUGUUCACGUAUUAUAACCCUGUAGAUUAACACUCCUCCUAAGGACAAGUGCAAUGUUAACUAGUUUUAAGUUCUUCAAAUUUAUUUUGAUGUAGAUAAUAUUGUUUAUAAUAUCGUUACGUAGCGAAGGUUUAUUCGACGACUUGUAAUCUUCAUUUCAGUAGCAGUAA